CCUACAUCUACACCUACACCUACAUCUACACCUACACCUACACCUACACCUACAUCUACACCUACAUCUACACCUACACCUACAUCU